CCUCUGCCCAACCUCUCUCUCUGCACCCAAGCCCCCACUGGUACAUACAGGUGCAGAGGCAGGCAAGUCAGGCAAGGACUAGGAAAGAGGAGAGGGGGCUGGAGACAGGCUGCCAGAGGGCUCAGAAGCCCAGUGCACCUCCCUGUCCCAACUCUGUCCACCUGCUGCUGUGGCCACAUUAACAGAAGAGACAGCUAGUAAGACAGAAAGUGAGGCGCAGUACCUUGUGGACAGAGGUGUCAUUAGCUGUGACGCCUAAGAUGUCUCGAGAGAUGGGAGAGCUAACCCAAACCAGGUUGCAGAAGAUCUGGAUUCCACACAGCAGUGGCAGCAGUGGGCUACAACGGAGGAGGGGCUCAUCAAUACCACAGUUUACCAAUUCCCCCACAAUGGUGAUCAUGGUGGGUUUACCAGCUCGAGGAAAGACCUACAUCUCCACGAAGCUCACAAGAUAUCUCAACUGGAUAGGAACACCAACUAAAGUGUUUAAUUUAGGCCAGUACCGACGAGAGGCAGUGAGCUACAAGAACUAUGAAUUCUUUCUCCCAGACAACAUGGAAGCCCUACUUAUCAGGAAGCAGUGUGCCCUGGCAGCCCUGAAGGAUGUCCAUGACUAUCUCAGCCAUGAGGAAGGUCAUGUUGCGGUUUUUGAUGCUACCAACACCACCAGAGAACGACGGUCACUAAUUCUGCAGUUUGCUAAAGAACAUGGUUACAAGGUCUUUUUCAUUGAGUCCAUCUGUAAUGACCCUGGCAUCAUUGCAGAAAACAUCAGGCAAGUAAAACUUGGCAGCCCUGAUUACAUAGAUUGUGACCGGGAAAAGGUUCUGGAAGACUUUCUAAAGAGAAUUGAGUGCUAUGAGGUCAACUACCAACCCUUGGAUGAUGAACUGGACAGCCACCUAUCCUACAUCAAGAUCUUCGAUGUGGGCACACGCUACAUGGUGAACCGAGUGCAGGACCACAUCCAGAGCCGCACAGUCUACUAUCUCAUGAACAUCCACGUCACACCCCGGUCCAUCUACCUAUGCCGGCAUGGUGAGAGUGAACUCAACCUCAGAGGCCGCAUCGGAGGUGAUUCUGGCCUCUCAGCUCGGGGCAAGCAGUAUGCCUAUGCCCUGGCUAACUUCAUUCAGUCCCAGGGCAUCAGCUCCUUGAAGGUGUGGACAAGCCACAUGAAGAGGACUAUCCAGACAGCUGAAGCCCUGGGUGUUCCCUACGAGCAGUGGAAGGCCCUGAAUGAAAUUGAUGCGGGCGUCUGUGAGGAGAUGACCUAUGAAGAAAUCCAGGAACACUACCCUGAAGAAUUUGCACUACGGGACCAAGAUAAAUAUCGCUACCGCUAUCCCAAGGGAGAGUCCUAUGAGGAUCUGGUUCAGCGUCUGGAGCCAGUUAUAAUGGAACUAGAACGGCAGGAAAAUGUACUUGUGAUCUGCCAUCAGGCUGUCAUGCGGUGCCUCCUGGCCUACUUCCUGGAUAAGAGCUCAGAUGAGCUGCCAUAUCUCAAGUGUCCUUUGCAUACAGUGCUUAAACUCACACCUGUGGCGUAUGGCUGCAAAGUGGAGUCCAUCUACCUGAACGUGGAAGCCGUAAACACACAUCGGGAGAAACCUGAGAAUGUGGACAUCACCCGAGAACCUGAGGAAGCCCUGGACACUGUUCCUGCCCACUACUGAACCCUUUCCAAGAAGUCAAACUGCUUUGCUCUCACCGUCUCCCACAUUUAAGAGCUGCUAUCGUUGCACUUCUCUUACCUUAAGACCCUGGACUUGGCCUACUGGAAGAGCCCUGCUUCCAGUGAAGAAGCCCUCAGCAGCUCCAAAACAGGUCUUUAUUUCUAGCUACAACCAAGGAGCUGUCUAGCUCAGAAAGAAACUUUUUCUUUCUUAAUUACUAAACCCUUAUCAAUAAAGACUUCUCUUGCUGCCUACAAAA